AUGCUUUCAUGGAGCCCUUUAGCCAGCUUCUUUUGGGACUUACAGUGCAAAAUAUAUUUUCUGCUUGUAGGGAUUUGUUCUGCCUUAAAGUUGACAGUACCAUCUCAUACCAUCCAUGGUAUUGAGGGGCAACCACUUCAUCUUUCUGUUGACUACAAUUUCAGUGCUACAGCUUCUGAAGUCCAGAUAAUUUGGCUUUUUGAGAGGUCUCAAAGUAAUCCAAAAUACUUGCUUGGCUCUGUAAAUCAAAGAGUAGUUCCAGACUUGGAAUACCAGGACAAGUUUACCCUUAUGCCACCGAAUGCAUCUUUGAGGAUUAACCCAUUGCAUCUCAGUGAUGAGGGCAAUUACAUUGUAAAAGUCAAUGUCCGUGGAAAUGGGACCAUAGCUGCAAGUCAAAAGAUUCAAGUAGCUGUUGAUGUUCCAGUCACAAAGCCAACUGUACAUACUGAACCAUCUUCAGGAGUAGUGGAGUAUGUAGGGAAUAUUACCCUAAAAUGUACUGUGAAUAGAGGUACAAGGAUAGCUUACCAGUGGAUGAAAAACGGGAAGCGUCUUCAUGCUAGCCCUAAUUAUAUCUUUUCAUCAAACAAUGCUACACUACUAAUUGUUCCUGCAGUAAAAGAAGACAUUGGGAAUUACAGCUGUCUGGUAUCAAACCCUGUCAGUGCAAUGGAAAGUGAGAUAAUUGUGCCAACCAUAUAUUAUGGACCUUAUGGACUUAGAGUCAAAUCAGACAAAGGUCUGAACAUAGGGGCAGUGUUUACAGUGGACAUGGGGGAAGUUGUACUGUUUGACUGCUCAGCAGAUUCAAAUCCACCAAAUACUUAUUCAUGGAUUCAAAGGGAUGACAAUAACACUCAAGUAAUCAAAUAUGGACCCCAUCUGGAAGUUGUAUCUGAUAAUGUGGCUCAGAAGACAAUGGAUUACAUGUGCUGUGCUUUCAACAACGUGACUGGAAAACGAGAUGAAACUCACUUCACAGUUGUUGUUAUGUCUGUAGGGUUGGAAAAGCUGGCCCAGAAAGGAAAGUCUUUGUCUUCUCUUGCAGUAAUAACAGGAAUCUCAUUAUUUUUGAUCCUAGCUAUGGCCUUUUUAUUCCUAUGGAAAAGAUAUCAGCCACAUAAAGUGAUACAACAGAAGCUACAGAGCAGGGCAGAGACUGAUUACAGAAAGGCACAGGCAUUUUCAGGACAUGAAAGUGCUUUGGAUGAUUUUGGGAUAUAUGAGUUCAUCACUUUUCCAGAUCUUACCAGUGGCUCUAGGGUUUCAAGUCAAUCUGUACCUGGCCCUGACUUUGUCGCAGGCCAGGAUAUGCUAAGUACGGUUUAUGAAGUUAUUCAGCACAUUCCUGAGCAACCAGAGCAAGACUACCAACAGUAA